CUUUCCUGCGCAGAUGUACCUUCAGAAGAAUUGGGUGGUGGAGGAGGUGAUGAACCCUCCGCGCUGCCUGUGCGGAGAGUAGAGGGCUUGUCACUGUUGUCGACCGGGUUUCGGUUUUGAUACAUGCGAUGUUCCCAAGUUGGGAGUGUCCCAGGAUUGUGUUCGUCGACUUUCUCUUUUUUUGCCUGGUGUCUUUGGAUACCUGACCACCAUGCGAAUAUACCUGCAGCAACGACAGCAACGCCGCCGACCAUCGUCGCUGGACGACCUCUUGGGACUGGGGGAGGUUGCGCGUUCUUGUUCAUGGUCGUUGUGGCAGAAAGGUAACGAGUGUUUGAAUUGAGGAUAAUGAGAAGGAA